AUGAUCCCCUGCUCACGCCGACCCUUAUCCCCCUCCCAGAUCGGCCUCGAACACGGUACGACAGCCGCCAUCCAAAUUCGCUCUAGUAUCCAAUACUACCAAGCCCAAUUCUUGAAGAUGUCAAAAGUGGGUUGGGAGGAAGUGCUCACCAGUGUCAAGAUGUUUGAGCCGGUAAUGCGAGAGAGGUAUUGUUGGCUUAUGGAGGAGAUCGAAGCGAUCGCUGAAGGCGCAGGCGUGUCGCAUCUCGAGAUAAUGGCGCUCAACUUCAGGCAAGAGAUCAUAUUCGGCAUGUAUGCCGACGGAUGCACUUCCCUAGGCUGGAAGAUGUCUGAGAAGAGCUUCCUGGCUCAGAACUGGGAUUGGUUUGUGGAACAGAAGGACAACAUUAUCCUUUUCAAUAUCGACGCCCCUGGGAAACCUAGGAUAAGCAUGGUUGCCGAGGCAGGAAUUAUUGGCAAGAUCGGACUCAACUCCCGCGGAGUCGGGGUAUGUGCAAAUGGGAUCCGCGUGAGAGGAGUCGACUAUAACGGCACACCCGUGCACAUCUGUCGCAGGCUCGUGCUCGAGAGCCUUACGCGGGAUGAGGCAAUCGCCAAGAUCGACAAAUAUGGGGCCACGGCGGCAGGGUAUAUGCUCAUUGGGGAUCCGACUGACUGUAUUGGGCUGGAAUGUACGACGCAGGGGAUCAGAAAGCUCCACCCGGAUGCGAAGGGGCGAAUCAUGCACACCAACCACCUGUUGACCGAACAUGAGGGUGUGUUUGAGUACCACCGGGAUGGUAGCCGCCUGCGCCUUGAGCGGCUCACAGAAUUGGCCAACGAGCUAGGCCGAAACCCAAACCAGGUCGAGAUCUCCGAAUUGUUUAAGGACGAGGCCAACUCCCCGAGCUCCAUCAACCGUGAAGUGUCGCAGAAGAACCCAUUAGCGUCUUCAAUAUUCUUAUGGAUCUGA